AUGUCUUGGCCAGUUCCUUUUCUUUGCCUCCUGCUUUCUUUAUUGAUCCUUCCAGGAUUAUAUGGUGAAUCUGAGCAACAUGAACUGCAUCGGCAAAAAAGAAAUACUAACUACCAAGCACAGCCUCGUAUGACCUCAGAGAGGGGCAACUUAGUGUUUCUUACUGGAUCUGCCCAAAAUAUUGAGUUCAGGACUGGAACCCAGGGGAAAAUUAGAGUGAAUGAAGAAGACCUCGGUGAAUGUUUAAAUCAGAUCCAAAGAAAUAAAGAUGAUAUUAUAGAAUUAAAAAGAAAUGGUGUUGGUCUUCCUCACAAUGUUUCAUAUCAGAUCAUUCACCUCAAUUCCCAGCUUGUGGAUCUUGAGAUGAGAUUUCAAAGUUUGCAGCAGACGGUUCAAAGGAAAGUUUGCAGCAGCAACCCGUGCCAGAACGGUGGGACCUGCCUCAAUCUCCUGGAUUCUUUUUUCUGUCUCUGCCCCUCAAACUGGAAGGGCCCUGUCUGCUCAGCGGAUGUCAACGAGUGUGAGAUUUAUGCUGGGACACCCUUGAGCUGCCAGAAUGGAGGCACAUGCUUUAACACAGCAGGAAGUUACAGCUGUACCUGUAAACCUGAGAACUAUGGACCCCAGUGUGCUUCUGUGUAUAAUGACUGUCACCGUGGCUCGAAAGCUCUUUGUACGCAUGGCAUCUGUGAGGAUUUGGACCGCGAGCAGGUUGAUGUGCCUAAGUAUACAUGCAUCUGUGAUGUUGGAUGGAAGGCAGCAGCCAAUGGUACUGACUGCACAGAUGACGUAGAUGAGUGCAGUCUGCCAGAUCCUCCCUGUUCUCAGAAUCCUUUGGUGGAAUGUGUCAAUACCCAAGGCUCUUUCUACUGUGGGGCCUGUCCAAUUGGCUGGAAAGGAAGUGGUUACAGCUGCCAAGAUAUCAAUGAGUGUGAAACUGACAAUGGAGGAUGUUCUGUGGCACCCAUGGUCCAGUGCAUCAACACCGCUGGAUCCUAUCAUUGUGGCUCCUGUCCUCCAGGUUACCAAGGGAAUGGGAAAGUGUGUACCCUAAUAAAUAUCUGCUCAGAGAAUAAUGGAGGCUGCCAUCCGAAUGCUUUAUGUACUGCUGGUCCAGGUUCUAUACCCACCUGUGUCUGCCAGGAAGGAUAUACUGGACAUGGUUAUGGACAGAGCGGAUGUGUCCCACUUAGCCAGAUUUGCCGAAGUCAGCCCUGUGUUAAUGGACAGUGCAUUGAAACAGUUUCUGGCUAUCAUUGCAUAUGUAAUCCAGGCUGGGAAGGCACCAACUGCACAGAAAACAUCAAUGAAUGUUCAAGUGGCCCCUGUUUUAAUGGGGGCACCUGUACCGAUGGUAUCAAUGGUUAUACCUGUGAGUGUACAAGCGCUUGGACUGGCUCCCAGUGUCAGACUCCCCAGCAAGUUUGUGGAGGUUCCCUUUCGGGCCUUAGUGGGUCCUUCAGCUACCCCAAUUCACAGAUCAUUAGCUAUAAUGAUGAUGUUAACUGCUUUUGGGUUAUCCGAACAGAAGAAGGAAGGUAAGUUCUGCAUAUAACGUUCCCAUUUUUUCAGCUAGAUUCCAGGGACAGUUGUCAUUAUCAGUUUCUUCAGAUUCACGAUGGAGAUUCUUCAGGAGCUUAUCCACUUGGAAAAUAUUGUGGCUCCAAUCCCCCUGCUGAACUAUUCAGCAGUAAUAAUGCCCUGUAUUUUUAUUUCCACUCUGACCAAUCAGUGAAUGAAAGAGUCUUCACAGUUAGAUGGGAAACUCAACAACCUGAAUGUGGUGGUUUAUUGACUGGUACUUACGGCUCCAUAAACUCUCCUGGAUACCCUGGGAAUUAUCCUCCUAACAGAGACUGCGUCUGGAUUGUUACAACCACUCCUGGCCUUGUCCUAACAUUUGCUUUUGGGACCCUCAGUUUAGAUCAUCAUGGGAAUACCAAUGGAGACUAUGUUGAAGUCCGAGAUGGUUCCCUGAAUAGUGACCCUGUACUUGGGAAGUUCUACAACACCUCGUCGGCGCCACCUCUGGAGACCACGGGUCCCUUUGGGAUUCAUUUUCACUCUGAUUCCUUAGGGAGUGACAAAGGCUUUCAUAUCACCUACAUCAGUUCAGUCGUGGAUCCUGAUUGUGGAGGAAAUUACACAGAUGCUGAAGGGACCCUCAUCUCUCCCAAUUGGCCCAGCUCUUACAUUCACAACAGACAGUGCAUCUAUAUCAUUACGCAGCCUCCUGGUGAAAAGAUCCAUCUCAACUUUACCCGAGUGGAACUAGAAGGCCAGAGCCACUGUCCGCAGAGCUCCAUUGAGGUUCGAGAUGGUGAAACCUUACUUGAAAAAUUGUGUGAUAGCAGGACUUCUGUCUCCAUAUACUCUAUUUCCAACAACAUCUGGGUCAGGUUUAAGUCAGAUCUCUCAGUACAAAAGGCCAGUUUCCAGGCCAUUUACCAAGUUGCUUGUGGGGGUGAACUAAUAGGAGAAGGCAUCAUUCGCACACCCUUCUAUCCCAAUGCUUACCCUCAUGAAAAAACUUGUGACUGGAAAAUCAGUCAACCCCCAGGCCAAGUCAUCCUCCUUAAUUUCACUGAUUUUCAUAUUGGGAAUUCUGCCAACUGUGACACUGAUUAUGUUGAGAUCGGGAACACCCUCAGUAUGGAUUCUUCUCAUAACAAAAAGUACUGUGGCACAGACUCUCCUGGAUUAGUAACUUCCACCUACAAUAUUGUCUAUGUCAGAUUCAAGAAAAGUGCCUCCCCUACAAAUUAUGGCUUCGUAGCCCGAUUCAGUGCUGCAGACCUAGCGUGUGGGGAAAUUCUUACUGCCCCAUCUGGAAGCUUUACCAGUCCUGGUCACCCAGACAUCUAUCCCCAUGGUGUCAACUGCACGUGGUUAAUCUCAGCCCAGUCUGGUUACCGGAUCCGCCUCUCGUUCCUAACGUUUCAUCUGGAUUUCCAUUACAAUUGCACCAGCGACUAUCUUGAAGUCUAUGACAAUGGCACUGGAACAACUGUUGGCAGGUAUUGUGGAAAAUCAGUGCCCCCAUCAAUCAUGAGCAGCAGCAACAUACUGAUACUGACACUAGUAACCGACGCUGCCAUAGCCUACGAAGGCUUUUCGGUGGCCUAUACCUCCAUUGAAGCUUCCAAAGCAUGCUUGGAAGACUAUACAACUCAAUUUGGCGAUCUAUACUCCCCUAACUUCCCCAGUAACUAUCCCAACAAUGUGGAAUGCAUUUAUACGAUCACAGUAGAAAGAGGUCAUCAGAUUGCAUUGCACUUCACCAACUUUUCCUUGGAGUCUGGUCUAGGUACACGUUGCAUUGCAGACUAUGUAGAAAUCAGAGAUGGAGGUCAUGAAAACUCAACGUCCCUGGGAACAUACUGUGGAACAAACAAGCCUCCAAUGAUAAUCUCCCACAGUAACAAAUUAUGGAUAAAGUUUAAGAGUGAUUUGAUGAAAUCAAGUUCUGGAUUCUCUGCUUAUUGGGAUGCAUCAUUAACAGGCUGUGGUGGAAAUCUCACGACUCCAAGUGGCAUCUUCAUGUCUCCUAACUACCCAAUGCCUUACUACCACAGUUCGGAAUGCUUUUGGUUGCUGAAAUCCAGCAGAGGCAGUCAGUUUGAACUCACGUUUAAAAACUUCCACUUAGAGAGUCAUCCAAAUUGCAGUUUAGAUUAUUUGGCCGUCUAUGAUGGCCUGAAUGCGGAUGCCUCAUCCUGUGCAAGCGUCUGUGGGAGUGAGAUCCCCCCGCUGAUUCGCUCCAGUGGAGAUAGUCUGUUCAUCAAAAUGCGAACAGAUGAACAGCAGCAGGGCGGUGGCUUCCUUGCCUGAAUAUCAAUCAGAGUAACUUGCCAGGAUGUGGUGAUUGCCAAUCUUACUUAUGGCAUCUUAGAAAGUAUAAAUUUUCCGAAUCCCUAUUCUACACACCAGCGAUGCAACUGGACCAUCGAAGUAACAGCUGGCAACACAAUAAACUAUACCUUUACAACAUUUGAAUUGGAAAAUCAUGAAAACUGUUCUGUGGAAUAUUUGGAGCUCUAUGAUGGAGCUCACCUAAUAGGCCGUUACUGUGGAGCAGAAAUUCCUCCUGCCAGGACUACCAUAGGAUCCAAGCUUCGUGUGCUCUUCUAUACCGAUGGAGUUGGCAUCAGUGAAAAGGGAUUCCAGAUGUACUGGCUCCUCAAUGGUUGUGGUGGGGAGCUGACAGGGCCUUCUGGCUCCUUUACUAGUCCUGGGUACCCAAAUAACUACCCACCCAGCAGGGAGUGUGUUUGGUACAUCCGUACAGCCCCAGGGAGCAGUAUUCAGCUCACCAUUGACGACUUCGAUGUGGAGUACCACUUAAACUGCAGAUAUGAUGUGCUCGAGGUCUAUGGUGGUCCUGAUUUUCGUUCUCCUAGGGUGGCUCAGUUGUGUUCUUCCAGAUCAAGAGAGAACCCACUGCUGGUGUCCAGCGCUGGAAAUUCAGUGGUAGUCAGAUUCAAGACUGACAGAAGCAUAAAUGGCAGGGGUUUCAACGCUUCAUGGCAAGAGAUCCCUGGAGGUUGUGGAGGAAUUUUCCAGGCUUCCAGUGGAGAAAUCCAUUCUCCAAAUUACCCCAGCUCUUACAGGAAGAACACAGACUGUUCCUGGCUUAUUCAAGUGGACAGAAACCAUCACGUUCUCUUAAACUUCACUGAUGUUGACUUUGAACUCCAAGAUGCAUGCAUUACUGUCCAUGAUGGUUUAAAUGCAGCAUCUGCUCCUCUCGUCAACCUUUGUGGAAGACAGCAACCUGUCCCCAUCAUCUCUUCAAGAAAUACCCUCUUCGUGAGAUUUCAUUCCACCGGUAGCAGCCAGAACAGAGGCUUCCGGGCUCAGUUCACAGAAGCCUGUGGAAGCUUCAUAGUCACUGAUUCUAUCGGUUCUAUUUCCUCUCCUUUGUUCCCGGCCAAGUACCAAAACAACCAGAACUGCAGCUGGAUAAUUCAAGCUCAGCCUCCAUUCAAUCACAUCACCCUCUCCUUUACUCACUUUGAACUUGAAUCCAGCCCCAACUGUUCACGGGACUUUAUAGAAAUUUUGGAUGGAAGCGAUUAUGACGCCCCUCUCCAAGGCCGAUACUGCGGCAGAAACAUGCCACUACCUGUCACCUCCUUCAGCAAUUCCUUGACUGUGAAGUUCAUCUCUAAUGCCAACAUCAAUUUUGAGGGUUUUCAUGCUACUUACACUGCAUCUUCAUCUGCUUGCGGUGGUACUUUCCAUAUGGAAGAAGGAGUCUUCAACAGUCCAGGCUACCCGGAUAUUUAUCCGCCCAAUGUGGAAUGUGUCUGGAACAUCCCUAGUUCCCCUGGAAACCGGCUGCAGCUGUCUUUCAUUGUCUUCCAAUUAGAAGAAAGUGAAGACUGUACUAAAGAUUACCUGGAGAUCCGUGAAGGAAAUGCCACAGGGCUCCUGGUCGGACGCUAUUGUGGACACUCUUUAUCUUUCAAUUACACGUCAAUCGUUGGACAUGUCCUUUGGAUCAAAUUUGUCUCUGAUGGUUCAGGCAGUGGUGUAGGCUUUCAGGCCUUGUUUGUCCAUGCAUUUGGCAAUGAUAAUAUUGUAGGAACUCAUGGGAAAAUCGCUUCUCCAUUAUGGCCCAAAAAUUACCCUCAUCACUCUAAUUAUCACUGGACAGUGAAUGUGAAUGCUUCUCAAAUUAUCCUCGGCACAGUCCUGGAGAUGGACCUAGAGAAGUCAGUUGGCUGCUAUUUUGACAGGUUAAUGAUCCGCGAUGGUCCUAACAUUCAUUCCCGACUUAUUGGAACCUACUGUGGCACAGAAACAGUUUCCUUCACCUCCUUAAAAAAUUCUAUUACAUUUCAAUUCUUGUCAGACUCAUCCAUCUCAGGAAGGGGGUUUCUUUUAGAAUGGUAUGCAGUGGAAUCUGAUACAGGACUGGUGCCUACCAUUGCUACAGGUGCUUGCGGUGGUUACCUAAGAACCGGGGAAGCUCCAGGGUUCUUUUUCUCUCCCGGCUGGCCUGAAAGUUAUGGUAAUGGAGCUGAUUGCAGCUGGGUCAUCCAGGCUCCAGAUUCAACCGUUGAGCUCAACAUUCUUUCUCUGGACAUUGAAUCUCAUCACUCGUGCUCCUACGAUAGACUCGUGAUCAGAGAUGGAAUUGACAGUACCUCACAGGAGCUGGCUGUUAUCUGUGGGCGAGAUGUUCCUGGACCCAUCAGAUCCUCUGGGGAAUACCUGCUGAUCCAUUUCACAUCUGACUUCAGUGUAACUGGUGCAGGAUUUAAUGCUUCUUUUCAUAAGAGUUGUGGUGGCUAUUUGCAUGCAAGCAGUGGGGUGAUUACAUCCCCUAAUUAUCCUGAGACCUACCCUCCUAAUCUCAACUGUUCAUGGCAUGUCCUGGUUCCAAGUGGUCUUACCAUUGCUGUCCAUUUCGAACAGCCAUUUGAGAUUUCCAGUGGAGAUCCUUCAUGUAGUCAUGGUGACUAUUUGGUGAUCAAAAAUGGCCCUGAUAGUUCUUCUCCCGCUUUGGGACCCAGGGCAGGAAACGGCCGAUUCUGUGGGAACAAUGCUUUCUCCACUCUCUACACCACGGACAAUCAGAUGUUUGUGCACUUUGUUUCUGAUAACAGUGAUGAAGGCCACGGGUUCAAGAUCAAGUAUGAGGCACAGGGUUUAGCCUGUGGUGGCAACAUCUACCUCCAUGAUUCCAACAUCGACGGCUACGUGACUUCGCCCAAUUACCCUGACAACUAUCCGGUGAAUGCUGACUGCAUUUGGAUCAUUUCUGCCCCGAGUGGGAAACUUGUAAAGAUCCAGUUUGAAGAUCAGUUUAAUAUCAAAAUAUCUCCCAACUGUACUUCCAAUUACCUUGAAUUGAGGGAUGGAGGGGAUUCCAAUGCACCAAUACUCUCCAAGUUUUGUGGAUCAUCUUUGCCCAGCAAUCAAUUGUCCUCAGGCGAUGUUGUCUAUUUGCGGUUUCAUUCUGAUGACAGCCCCACCCAUGUUGGAUUUAAGGCCAAGUAUUCUAUAGCUUUGUGUGGUGGAAUGGUCAUGGGACAGAAUGGCGUUAUUGAAAGCCCGCAAUACCCCGCACAUCCCUAUCCUGACAAUCUGCUGUGUGAAUGGUAUAUCCAGGGUCCAUCAGGACACUAUCUCACCCUCCAAUUUGAAGUCCUGAAUCUUCAAAAUUCUUCUGGUUGCGAAAAGGACUUUGUUGAGAUCCGGGAGGGCGGUGCUUCUGGAAACGUGCUGGGCAGGUACUGUGGAAACACCAUUCCUAGGGCUAUUUACACACCUAACAAUUUUGCUUUUGUCAAGUUUGUCACGGAUGGAUCUAUCCAUGCCCCAGGAUUCAGACUGGUCUUUGAAACCAGUGUUGAAGAGUGUGGAGGGGAUUUAUAUGGACACUCUGGAAUAUUCACUUCUCCCAACUACCCCAAUACAAAUUUUCAUAGUCGAAUAUGUGAGUGGAGGAUCACUGUGCCAGAAGGAAGGCGGGUAACUCUGACCUUUACCGACCUGAGGCUAGAAGACCAUCAAUCAUGCGAUAGUGAAAAUGUGACAGUUUUCAAUGGCCUUCGAAGAAACUCGCCCCAGCUAGAGAGACUGUGCAAUCGUGUGAUGACAAGGAAUUGGGUAGAAUCUUCAGGGAAUACCAUGAGAGUUCUGUUUGUCACCGAUGGAUCCAGACCCUCUGGUGGCUUCAGUGCCUUCUAUUCAUCAAGUGAAGAUGCAGUGUGUGGUGGGCAACUUACAGAUCCCUCUGGAGGCAACUUUACUUCUCCUGGUUAUGAUGGAGUUGGGAAUUAUACCAAGAACCUAAACUGUGAGUGGACCAUCAGCAAUCCCAAUGAGCACAACUCAUCAAUUUACAUUUCCUUUGAGGAGUUCCAUCUAGAGUAUCAUCAAGAUUGCUACUUCGAUGCCUUGGAGUUCCGAAUAGGAAAUGCUGAUGGGCCUCGAAUAAUGAAAAUUUGUGGACAAUCAUUACCCACAGUGCCCUUUGCUAUACCUUUUUCUCAGAUCUGGGUACAGUUUGUAACCAAUCAACUUGUGGAAAACAUUGGAUUCCAUGCUCAUUACUCCUUCACAGACUGUGGGGGCAUCCAGACUGGUGAAGGGGGGGUGAUCACCAGCCCAAACUAUCCAGCUCCAUAUGGACGGUCCAAUCACUGUUCUUGGUUGUUGGAGGCUCCAGAGGGUCACACCAUCACUCUUUCUUUUACAUUCUUUGACAUUGAAAACCACUUCACUUGUAUGUGGGACUCUGUCACUGUCAUAAAUGGAGGUUCUCCAGGGGCUCCUGUCUUGGGGCAUUAUUGUGGAACGACGAUCCCCACAGCUAUUCAGUCUGGUUCCAAUCAGCUGGUGGUCAUCUUUAAUUCAGACCAUUCUGUGCAGCAAGGCGGCUUUUAUGCCACAUGGACCACACAAACUUUGGGCUGUGGUGGAAUAUUUCAUUUUGACAAUGGCACAAUAAAGUCUCCUCACUGGCCUCAAAAUUUUCCUGAGAAUAGCAGAUGUACAUGGACAGUCAUUACACAUGAAAGCAGACACCUGGAGAUCAGCUUUGACAAUAAUUUCCUGAUUCCCAGCAGUGAUGGACAGUGUCAAGAUAGCUACAUAAAGGUUUGGUCAGGGACUGAGCAAACAGAAGGAGCCCUGUUGGCCACAGGUUGUGGAAACGUGCCUCCCAGAUCCCUCAUCAUUCCAAGAAACUCCUUCACUGCAGUGUUCCAAUCCCAGGAUGCUGUAGGGCAAGGUUUCUCUGCAUCAUACAUAAGCAGAUGUGGAGUGAACUACACCAGUCCUUCGGGUUACAUCAUUUCUCCUAACUAUCCAAGUCAGUACGAUAACAGCAUGAACUGCAACUAUAUCAUCACGGCCAACGCACAAGAUGUAAUCAUCCUAGAUUUCUUGUCUUUUCACCUGGAAGCGCCCUCAGCCUUAAGUGGAAGUUGUAUCAAUGAUGGAGUAAAAAUUAUCCGAGGUUACCAGGCAUCCUCCACACCCACUGCUACAUUUUGUGGUGAUGAAAUUCCUGAAAGCUUGAGCAUCACUGGCCCGAUGAUACUCAAUUUCUACACUAACUCUCGUAACACAGACUUUGGAUUCAAGGCAACAUACAGAAUAAUUCCAUGUGGUGGCAGAUUCAACUCAUCCUUUGGCAUCAUCAGAAGCCCAGGCUAUUCACAAACAAACUACCCCAACAAUAUAGACUGCUCCUACCUCAUCACUGUGAGAAAUGACAGAGUGAUAGCACUCAAGUUCAAUGAUUUUAACGUGGCCCUCUCCACCUUCUGUUCCCAAGACUACUUGGCUGUGUACGAUGGCCCGAAUACCAGUGCACCACUUCUUGGCAAAUUCUGCGGUUCACAGCUUCCAGCAGAUAUCAAGAGCACCGACAAUAGCUUGUUCCUGGUAUUCAAGACAGAUUUCUUUGAAACAGCAAAAGGUUGGAAGUUAACUUACAGAGAGACAUUGGGACCUCAGAAUGGAUGUGGAGGUUAUUUAACAAAUUCAAGUUCCACCUUUGCUUCUCCCGAUUCUAAUGCAGACGGCAAAUACGACAAGAACUUAGACUGUGUAUGGCUCAUAAGAGCCCCUGUCAACAAAGUAAUCAAUCUGACCUUCACUACAUUUUCCCUAGAAGGACUAUCAUCUUAUGGAAGAUGCCUUUAUGAUUAUGUAAAGGUAUAUGAUGGUGAUAAUGAAAAUGCCAAUUUGGUCGGUACAUUUUGUGGUUCCACUCGCCCUGCUCCUUUUAUCUCUCGAGGCAACUUCCUCACGGUUAAAUUUGUCAGUGACAUAUCUGUGGAAAGGGAAGGAUUUAAUGCGACAUAUACCACCUUGGACGUACCGUGUGGAGGGACCUUCAAUGCCACGUUGACCCCACAGACCACUUCGUCUCCCCGUUCUCCGAACCCUCUUUUCCCACUGUCUGUUUGCACUUGGAUCAUUGAUGCGCCUCCCCAGCAGCAAGUCAAAGUGGCUGUCCAGGCAUUUCAGCUGCACUCUGAAGACUGCUCCCAAAAUCACCUACAGAUUCAGGACUCCUCAGAGAACGAUCAGAGCUCUGUACAUCAGUUCUGCAGCAAAGAUGCUUCAGUUGUACCUGAGUUUUAUUCUUCUCAUCGAACUGCUAUUGUGGUUUUCAAAUCAGAAGAAUUCCGUAAUGACAGUAGAGUCACAUUUACCUAUCAAAUCGCAGAUUGCAACAGAGAAUAUAACCAAGCGUUUGGCUAUCUGAAGAGCCCUGGCUGGCCACAGAACUAUAGUCAUAACCUGGACUGCUCCACCAUCCUCAGAGCCCCACAGAACCACUCCAUCACUCUCUUCUUCCACUCUUUCAGUGUGGAGUCCACAAGUGAAUGCAGGCAUGACUUCCUAGAGGUAAGAAAUGGGAGUGAUGGAAAUUCCCCAUUACUUGGCAAGUAUUGUGGCACUCAGAUCCCUAAUCCCAUCUUCUCUAAAAGUCACCUUCUGUAUCUACGAUUCAAGAGUGAUGUCAUACACUCAGGUCAUGGAUAUGAAAUCCUGUGGACUUCAUCCCCGUUUGGCUGUGGUGGAACUCUCUAUGGGGACGCUGGCUCUGUGACUAGUCCCGGUUAUCCCGGUACCUAUGAGAACGACACUCACUGCGAGUGGACUAUUGCUGCCCCUGCUGGAAGAACGCUCACCAUCAGCUUUUACUUUAUCAGCAUUGAUGAUCCCGGAGACUGCAUCCAGAACUAUCUGAUUCUUUAUGAUGGGCCUGAUGCUAGCUCUCCAUCAUCUGGACCAUACUGUGGAGCGGAUACAAACAUAGCUCCGUUUAUAGCCUCCACUCAUCGUGUCUUUGUAAAAUUUCAUGCUGAGUAUGCACUUUCCCCAUCAGCAUUCCGAUUGACCUGGAGCAGUUAGAUGUUCAAUGUCUUCUUUUUGUCGGCACUUUUGUUCUACUGAAGAGAUAACCAGUUCAUAAAGUGUUUGGUAGAAUGCCGGUGCCAUCAUAAUAAGUUAGAAUUGAACAUUAUUUAUUGUCUGGUUCUAUUGUUGGGAACAACUUGUACUUUUAUCUUUUCCCCCAUGAAAAAAUAUUUAUGUACCAUUGAAUAUGAUGUGAAUCUCCUGGAGUUGUAGAUAUGCUAUAUCUUAAAUCAUUUCAUAAAUUAAAAUAACAAAUGUAUCUUAAAUGUUUACUUAAAAGACACGUCAAAAUUAUUUUGCAAAUCUAAAAACGAAGAAAGAUUGAAUAGAAAUGUAUUUUGCAUUAUAAAUGUUAAUCACAAGAAAAUAAAUACAACAACAAGAUUUUAACUGCUGUAUUAACUUUUUAAAGUUCACUAAAAAUUUGGUAAUUCACUAUAUAUACUGUAGAAAUAUUUUAAAUGACUAUCCUAAUUUGGGGGGGCUAAACUGACUGGAGGACUAAUCUGGGGACUUUUGAC